AGGAGAAACUCUGAGCUGAUACGGGUUUCCAAGAAACCAAAGUGAAAGUGUUCUGUGAGUCAGAGCUUAGACUUCAUUUUGAGUGGACGGAGCAGAAGGACAAAGACGUGUGAGACAGGGGCAGAUCAGACGGACAAAUCAUGUUAGGAUCAAAACAAACUGCACUGAGGUGCUGCAUCAGGUACUUAGGCAGACAGGAAGGAAGAGAAAAUCUAAUUAAGGAUCACAUCAGGUUGUUUUACCUGCAUGAACGUCUUUUAUUGUCCUCUGAUCAAUCUGGAGAUCAGAAGAUGAGUGAUGGAGGAGACAAAGAGGAGGACAGAGCAGAGUCUCCUCUGUCCAGCUGUCUCUCUAUGAAGAGUGACCUGUCUAAAGAUGAACCUCCACUCUUCAGUAAUGAACCAGGACCCUCAGAUCAGAAGAUGAGUGAUCGAGGAGACAAAGAGGAGAACAGAGCAGAGUCUCCUCUGUCCAGCUGUCUCUCUAUGAAGAGUGACCGGUCUAAAGAUUAUCCUCCAGACUUCAGUAAUGAACCAGGACCCUCAGAUCAGAAGAUGAGUGAUCGAGGAGACAAAGAGGAGGACAGAGCAGAGUCUCCUCUGUCCAGCUGUCUCUCUAUGAAGAGUGACCUGUCUAAAGAUCCUCCUCCAGACUUCAGUAAUGAACCAGGACCCUCAGAUCAGAAGAUGAGUGAUCGAGGAGACAAAGAGGAGAACAGAGCAGAGUCUCCUCUGUCCAGCUGUCUCUCUAUGAAGAGUGACCAGUCUAAAGAUUUUCCUCCACUCUUCAGUAAUGAACCAGGACCCUCAGAUCCACAAAUAACAAAGGGGUCUGUUUCUGUGGAGGAGCAGCUGUCCAGCUGUGCUUUGUGUCAGUGUGUCCUAAGAGAUCCAGUUUCUACCAGAUGUGGACACUGGUUCUGUAGACAGUGUCUCACCUCAUACUGGGACCAGUCUACUUCAUCAGGAGAGUCCUCCUGUCCCCAGUGUGGAAAACGAUCUAAAAUAAGACGAGGACUGCAGAUAUCCACAGAUAGAGGUCUGCAGGAGGUUACAGAUGAACUUAAGAUCAGUCUGAGGAAGAGAUGUGAACAUGUGACUGAAGGAAGUGAUGAAACAGGAAGUAGAACCCUCCUCAACAGGAUCUACACUGAGCUCUACAUCACAGAGGGACAGAGUGAAGAGGUGAACACCCAACAUGAGGUGAGACAGCUUGAGACAGACUCUAAAAAGAAGACCCUCCAUGAGACUCCAAUCAAGUGUCAGGACAUCUUUAAAGCCUUACCCGACCAAAAGAAACACAAGACAAGAGCUCAACCCGACCAACAGAACCAAAAGACAAGAGCUCAACCCGACCAACAGAAACCCAUCAGAGUGGUUCUGACAAACGGCGUCGCUGGUGUUGGAAAAACCUUCUCAGUGCAGAAGUUCACUCUGGACUGGGCAGACGACUCAGAGAACCAAGACCUCAGUCUGGUGAUCCUGCUUUCAUUCAGGGAGCUGAACUUGAUCAGAGAUGAGGAGUACAGUCUUCUUGAGCUGCUCCGUGUUUUCCAUCCAACAUUACAGAAGGUCACAGCAGAGACGCUCGCUGUCUGUAAACUGUUGUUCAUCUGUGACGGCCUGGAUGAAAGCAGACCGUCGUUGGACUUCACAAACAGGGAGGUUGUGUCUGAUGUCACAAAGAAGUCACCGUUAAACACACUGUUGACAAACCUCAUCAAGGGGAAUCUGCUCCCCUCAGCUCUCAUCUGGAUAACUUCUCGACCUGCAGCAGCCAAUCAGAUCCCUCCUGCAUGUGUUGACAGGGUAACAGAAGUACGAGGCUUCACUGACGCCCAGAAGGAGGAGUACUUCAGGAAGAGGUUCAGUGAUGAUGAAGAUCUGUCCAGCAGAAUCAUCUCACACAUCAAGACAUCCAGGAGCCUCCACAUCAUGUGUCUGAUCCCGGUCUUCUGCUGGAUCACUGCCACAGUUCUGGAGCACAUGAUGAGCACAGAGCAGAGAGGAGAGCUGCCCAAGACCCUGACUGACAUGUACUCACACUUCCUGCUGGUUCAGACAAAGAGGAAGAAGAACAAGUAUGAUGAGGGACGUGAGAUGAGUCCACAUGAGCUGAUGGAGGCUGACAGGGAAGUUCUUCUGAAGCUGGGGAGGCUGGCGUUUGAACAUCUGGAGAAAGGAAACAUCAUGUUCUAUAAAGAAGACCUGGAGCGUUGUGGUCUGGAUGUCACAGAGGCCUCGGUGUACUCAGGAGUUUGUACAGAGAUAUUCAAAAGAGAGUGUGUGAUCUUCCAGAAAACAGUCUACUGCUUUGUUCAUCUGAGCGUUCAGGAGUUCCUGGCUGCAGUCUACAUGUUCCACUGUUUGACAAACAGGAACACAGGUGUAGUGAAGGCUUUCCUUAAAGACAUCAGGAUCCUUUUUCAUACUCCUGAAAGUGAUGACUUAUCCCUGGAUGUCUUCCUGAGGACUACCAUGGAGAAAUCCCUGAAAAGUAAAAAUGGUCACCUGGACCUGUUUGUUCGCUUCCUUCAUGGCCUCUCUCUGGAGUCCAACCAGAGACUCUUAAGAGGCCUGCUGGGUCGGAGAGACAACAGUCCAGAAAUGAUCCAGAGAGUCAUCAACAACCUGAAGAAGAUGAACAGUGAUGAUAUCUCUCCUGACAGAAGCAUCAACAUCUUCCACUGUCUGACGGAGAUGAACGACCUCUCAGUCCAUCAGGAGAUCCAAGAGUUCCUGAAGUCAGACAACAGAUCAAAGAAGAAACUCUCUAUGAUCCACUGCUCUGCUCUAGCCUACAUGCUGCAGAUGUCAGAGGAGGUUCUGGAUGAGUUGGACCUUCAUGAGUACAAUACAUCAGACCAGGGACGACUGAGACUGAUUCCAGCUGUGAGGAACUGCAGGAAGGCAAAGUUUUCUGGCUGUGGACUGUCAAAGACUCACUGUGAAGUCGUGGCCUCAGCUCUGAAGUCCAACCCCUCCCAUCUGACAGAGCUGGACCUGAGCAGAAACAAUCUGCAGGAUUCAGGAGUGAAGCUGCUGAGUGAGGGACUGAAGAGUCCAAACUGGAGACUGGAGACUCUGAGUUUGUGGAGCUGCAGUUUGUCAGAGAUCAGCUGUUCUUCUCUGGCCUCAGCUCUGAAGUCCAACCCCUCCCAUCUGAGAGUUCUGAACCUGAGUCUCAACAAUCUGCAGGAUUCAGGAGUGAAGCUGCUGAGUGAGGGACUGCAGAGUCCAAACUGUAGACUGAAGACUCUGAGUUUGUGGAGCUGCAGUUUGUCAGAGAUCAGCUGUUCUUCUCUGGCCUCAGCUCUGAAGUCCAACCCCUCCCAUCUGAGAGUUCUGAACCUGAGUCUCAACAAUCUGCAGGAUUCAGGAGUGAAGCUGCUGAGUGAGGGACUGCAGAGUCCAAACUGUAGACUGAAGACUCUGAGAUUGAUGAGCUGCAGUUUGUCAGAGAUCAGCUGUUCUUCUCUGGCCUCAGCUCUGAAGUCCAACCCCUCCCAUCUGAGAGUUCUGGACCUGAGUCUCAACAAGCUGCAGGAUUCAGGACUGAAGCUGCUGAGUGACCUUCAGAAGAAUCCAGACUACAGACUGGAGACUCUGGAGUGAGUACAGGGUUGGUGAGUCUUUAAAGAGAGGAUCCUGCUGAUCACAGAGCUGGAAGCAGCAGCUGGUGUGUUGGUGAGUCUUUAACUGGGCUGUGUUACUGGGAGACUGACGGACCAAUCACAGCGCAGAUGACUCUCAGUGCUGCAGUCUGAGCUGCUCUGAGAUCAGCUCCACCGUCACACACCGGACCAUGACCUCGGACAUUUUUCUAUUCUCAUAUUCUGAAUUUAAACUGCUUCAUGACUCAUCGACCGAAGAUGAACUCUUUGAUUUGGAUAUAAAUGUUUCUGUUGCAGUGCCACCCUGUGGACAUGUGUAGUGGUGCAGGUUAUUCAUUGACUCAUAUUCACAGAUAACAGUAGAAGUUGAUUCCAGCUGUGCAAGUUAAAGUGUGAAGUUGUGCUUUUAACCACGAGUCGUUGGUCGUCUGAUAAUAAAUCAGUCGUCUCUUUGUUGGAUCAAAACAAAGAGGAGGCUUCACUGAGUUUUUAAAAGAACUACAAACAGGAUGUCUGGAUCCAGGUGCAGAGUUAGCACCUGAAUAUUUGAUGUAAUAUGAGAUGAUAUAAAAAGAGCUGAAUAACAUGCAGACUCAAUCAUUGAUAUUCAUUCAUCAUGUCAGGGUAACAACGGACACGUUAUCAAACUAUCUUUAUUUUUAACUUCUGAUGUUUAUUACACUUUGAUGUUUGAACCUUCUGUUUUUAUUAUCUCAGGAUUUUAAAUAGAAAUUAAUUCAAUCUGUGGAGGGUUUUAUUUAAAUAAUAAUUCAUGUUUAGGUUCUGUUGCUGCUAUCACUGCUUUCUGCCAGCAGGUGUCACUGUUUCCACAGUUUCCUCCCAGACUGAUCGAUCUGAAGAGAUUAUUUCUGUGUCAGGAAACACAAAGAAAGAUAGAUGAUGCCAGCUCUUUUAUUUGUUCUUAUGUUUUUAUAUUUCAUGUUCAAGUUUAAUGUCUCUUUUUGUAAUCACUGCCCCCUAGUGGACAGGAGUGUGGAGCGAUUCAAAGGCAGAAAAAUAAUCUUUGACUGGACUUCUGUAAUGAAGUGAAGUGUGAAGGAAGUUGAGCUUUCUUUGAGUCUCUCUGUAGUUUGUAACUGAAUACUUGGACUCUUCUUCACUUUAGAGGGAACAUGUUCUCCACAUUUCUUCAACACUUUCUCUACGAGUUCCUCGUCUGAUCUAAUUAACCCCGUGUUUUAAGAUGGGCUGGUGUUUCUGCUCUUGGUGUAAACCCAGACACAGUGAUCUUUCUGUCAUGUUGUUCAUGUGUGUUACUCUUGAUAAUUCACUCAAAUAAUGUCUCUAUAUUCUACAAGUGAUUUACUUUUUAAAUAACUGACACCAUGUCAACACAAAGUUUCACUGCUUCCAAUCCGCCUCUUAUACGACGGCCAUGUUGCAUUAAAUAACAUCAACCACUUCUGUUUAUUAAAUAUCACAGUCUGGAUUUUAUUAAGGCUGUACACUAAUCUUCUUCUUUGAAAUUAAACUUAAUUUGACUCAAA